AUUAGGAAAUGGCCAGUUUCUAAGGCCGUGGAAGAUUUUCUCAGGAAGUGUGAGGUGCAUGCGGAUGAAUCACUGACACAGUUUUGCCAUGACCACGGUCAGCUGUGCUGCUCUGCAUGUGUUGGAACAAUUCACAGCCAGUGCAGUAAAGUGACCCAGAUUUCGGAGCUGACCAACUCGCAGCCCACAGGCCUAGAGGGGCUGUCAGUGGAGCUGGAAACUGUCCUGGGGGAAAUUAAAACCCUGCAAAUCAGUCAGAAGGCCAGCAUUCAGUCAUUGCAGAGAACAUACAAGGAACAUAGUGCAGUUAUGAUAGAGCAAAUGCUUGGCAAUUUAAAUACUUAUAUAGAUGAAUGUGAUAAUAAUUCUGUGGGUACAUCAGGCGGAAAUGAGCAAUAUUUAAAAGAAGAGAUGUGUAGGAGUGUUCUCUCUAUCGUGAAUGAAUUUGAUAAUAUUACUACGAAGGAACUUAACGAGAUGAAAGAUGAAGUUAUAAGUAUUAAAGAGUCAGUUACAAGUUCUAUUCAUAAAUGCACCACUCUUCACAAUGACUUGUCACAAUUCCAUGAACUUGUUCAGAAAAUUGGAGAUAAUAAGGAGCUCUGUCUUAUAGCCAGCAUAAAAUGUAAGCAUAUAAUACAGCAAGCAUUGACUCUGCUAGGAAAGUCAGGCAAGGCGUUUAACGUCCAGCGGAAGUCUGUGCACAAUGUGAGAAUACCAAGUGAUUCAUAUGAAUGUAGUAUCGCAGGCAUAUGUGUUCUGACUGAUGGGCAGGUGCUGGUCGCAGACUCGAAGAAUAAGAGGAUCAAGCUGCUGAACCAGCAGUACCAGGUGGUGAAUCACUGGGAUGUGACUGCUGGGCCAUGGGACAUAUGUUUGAUCACAUCCAGUGAGGUUGCAGUGGCUGUGAAUGACCAUGAUAGCAAGAUACAUGAGGUCCAGUUUAUCACUGUCAACCAGGGAAAGCUUGUUUCUGGCAGGAAGUUUCAGUUACAACAUGAAUGUACAUGUAUUACCCAUCACCAAGGAGACCUUUUUGUCACCUCUGGUAAAGAAUUGUACAAAUACACGCUGAAUGGCAAACAGCUCUGCAGACUCUACCAAGAUAGAUCAGCUGAUAAUGAUUGGACAGGUGGGCUGGGAGGGAGAGAGUAA